UAGCCAGGAUGGUCUUGAUCUCUUGACCUCGCGAUCCACUCUCCUUGGCCUCCCAAAGUCUGGGAUUACAGGUGUGAGCCACUGCGCCCGGCCAAGACUCUGUCUCUUAAAAAUGCAGUUCCCAGGCCUGGAAGUUCUGAUUCUGUGGGAUUAGGGGAGGAGCCAGGCCACUCUGUGAGUGAGCCUCUCAGCCACUCCAGGCCCAGUUGAGCCCAGCACACUAAAGAUGCCAGCUCUGAGGCCCAGGAGCUGUGGCCCGCUCCAUUUCUGCGGUUCACCACAAAGAGUUGGUGGCUUUAUGUGGUGGAUCUUUUUUAUGGGGUCUGGGUUGGCCUUGCCCUGUGCGUGCCUAAGUCCGUCCCCUCUACCAGCUGGGCUAUUCUGAGCACCUGUAGGGAGGGGAUGCCUGGGCUCUGGCCUCUCAUUGGUUGGAUGCAGCCUCCGUGGCUGUGCAGUUUGUACCUGUGGGGUUGUGGGAGGGACCAGUGAACCUCAUGUACGCCGCCAGAGGGGCCCCAGCCCCGCCCCUUUCACUAGUCUCGGGGCAGAGCCUGGGUGCAAAGAUGCUGCCUUUGAAGAUGGAAAUCGGUAAAGGACGUCGCCACCCGGCAGCGCCUCCGGAUGCCGCCCACCGUGCAGGUCCUCUUGGCGUGGUCUGGGGGGCCUUCGUCCAGUUCCAUGGUCUGGCAAGUCCUUGAGGGCCUGAGCCAAGAUUCUGCCAAAAGACUGCGCUUUGUGCCGGGGGUCAUCUUUGUUGAUGAGGGAGCAGCCUUUGGCAAGAGUCUAGAGGAGAGAUCAAAGACCCUGGCCGAAGUGAAACCCAUUCUGCAAGCAACUGGGUUACCAUGGCAUGUGGUGGCCUUAGAGGAGGUGUUCAGCCUGCCCCCGUCGGUGCUUCGGUGUUCUGCCCAGGAGCCAGCGGGAUCCGAGGGGGCCUACAAGGCGGCUGUGGACAGCUUCCUCCAGCAGCAGCAUGUGCUGGGGGCCGGGGGUGGUCCUGGCCCGACUCAAGGGAAGGAACAGCCACCCCAACCCCGACUGGACCCCCAGAGCCUGGCAAGACCUCCUGCCGCUGCCCAGACCGAGGCUCUUUCCCAGCUGUUCUGCUCGGUGAGGACACUGACGGCCAAGGAGGAGCUUCUGCAGACACUGCGGACCCACCUGAUCCUGCACAUGGCCCGAGCCCACGGCUACUCUAAGGUCAUGACUGGGGACAGCUGCACACGCCUGGCCAUCAAGCUCAUGACCAACCUGGCGCUGGGUCGAGGGGCCUUCCUGGCCUGGGACACGGGCUUCUCGGAUGAGCGGCACGGGGACGUGGUGGUGGUGCGGCCCAUGCGGGACCACACCCUGAAGGAGGUCGCUUUCUACAACCGCCUGUUCUCCGUCCCUUCUGUUUUCACACCAGCCGUCGACACCAAGGCCCCUGAAAAGGCCAGCAUCCACCGGCUGAUGGAGGCCUUCAUCCUCAGGCUGCAGACCCAGUUCCCCUCCACUGUCAGCACUGUGUACAGGACAAGUGAGAAGCUGGUGAAGGCCCCUAGGGACGGCCCUGCUGCCAGCGACUCCAGCCCCUGCUGCCUCCUCUGCAUGUGCGCCCUGGAUGUUGAUGCGGCUGAUAGUGCCACGGCUUUUGGGGCUCAGACCUCCUCACGUCUCUCCCAGAUGCAGUCACCCACCCCCCUGACUGAGACCCGGACACCCCUGGGGCCCUGCUGUUCUCCAGGGGUGGGCCGGGUCCAGGGCUGUGGCCAGGGGGCCUGCAGGAGGGAGGACCCCCAAGCCUGCAUCGAGGAGCAGCUGUGCUACAGCUGCCGCGUGAACAUGAAGGACUUGCCCUCACUGGACCUCCUGCCGCCGUACAUGCUGGCCGAGGCCCAGCUCCGCACACAGAGGGCCUGGGUCUUGCAGGAGAUCCAGGACUGUCUGAUUGAGGACAGUGACGAUGAGGCAGGCCAGAGCUGAGCCUGAGGAGGUGCUUGACGAGACAGCAGGCGGUGGCCGCCUGGUGCAGGGCCCACCACACUGGAGCUGGAAGGCAAGGACGGGGGACUGGCUUCUGAUUGUCCAUUUGUAUAAAUAAAACAUUUUUAAUUAAAAAA